AUGAACUCGGACCCCGGGCAGAUAGGGCAGUUACCGCGGGGCGCCGCGUGGCGGCAGCACCUCCGCGACUCCCGCCCGAGCAGGGCCGCGAGGCUGUGCGUCGCGCCAGUCGCUGUCCGACCUGCGGAUAGAACGGGCGCGGGCGGUAGAUGUGGGGCGUCUGUCAGUGCGUCACGGUCAGCUUCGCGCGAAGUGUCUGGCGCCGUGUGCGUGCGUGGUGAGGGGUUGCUGCUGCGCGCCGGUGCGAACGAGUCAUGCACGGCCGGCGCGGACACCAUGCGGAUUCUGCCCCGUGGUAGAGGCGCGGGACGGGGACGCCAGCGCGCCGCGUCGACGGUCUGGUCGUCAUCGCCGUCGUCCGCCGCGGCGACAGCCGCUCUGGCACUGCUGCUGAUGUUCACGUCGGGCGGUAUCGGCGCGCCCACCACCGUCAUGGGAGAGCAGUGCGACUGGACUGGAAGCGGGCUGUCGGGCAGCGGCGGCUCUCGGCUGGUGACGCCGGUGUACCUGCGGUGCCGCGAGGGCGCGGUGCGCUGGUCCUACCCCCGGGGCGCGCUUCGCGUCGUGCUGCGGCUCGGCGGCGGCCGCGAGUUCCGCGGCUGCAUCAGGGCGCAGCCGGGCCACGACCGCGACCACGACCGCGACCACGACCACGGGCGCAACCAGAGCCGGCAGUUCGCGGGCGCGCGCGUCUUCCUGGAGGGCGAGCGCGCGCUGGCGCCGCUGCUGGUGCCGGGCGAGACGCGCGCCGCGCGCUGCUUCAACAGCCGCGGGGGCCGCGCCGCGCUCUACGUCGAGGCCGACCCGCCGCCCGCGGGCGCGCCGCCCCCGCGCGCCGCCGCCGCCUUCGUCUACGACCUGCAGCCGCUGCCGCGCGGCGCAGCCGCCUACGACCCCUUCGAAGAGUGCCGGCCCUGUACCCCAGACGAGAUGACUACUGCGUUCUGCACCAGCGACUUUGUGGCACGUGGCAUCAUCAAAGGUGUGGAGCUGGAUGAGGAAGCAGAGGUCUCGCGGCUGCACGUCAAGCUGACAAAGCGGCUGCGCCAUUCGACAGUAGACAAUAGUGUCGACAUGGAUAGCUCCGACGAGUCUGAGGUGACAGUGCAGAUGCCAGCACACUGUGGCGCGCGCCGUGGUGUUGGCGAAUUUGUCGUCAUGGCCCGGCGGAAACUGGGCGAACUGGCACUGGUCUGUGCACCACGCCUCGAAGACUGGGCUGAGCUGACAGCACGCGGGGCAGCCUCAGCACACUGCAUCCUCUCCAGCUAGCUUCAACUGGACCAGCACCGCAUCCUCUCCAGCUAAAUCCACCUGGAAUGGCACUGCAUCAUCUGUGUUAAGACUGGCACAGCAUACUGGAACCAGACGCCACUUGCUAAAGACUGGGCCAGGUUGACAGCUCAUGAGGCAGCCUCCACACACUGCAUCUUCUCAGAUUGUUCCUGCACUGCGUCAUGUCCAGAUGUGUCAAGCUGAACCAGUUCUCCGCCAUCUGUUGCUAAAUUGAAGUGGACCAGCACGGCAGCCUCUGGAGCUAAUUUCAGGUGCGUGACCUGUGCAUCCUGGGAUAACUGGCCAUGUGCUGAAGAUAAGACUGUAUUCGUGGCUUCUGUGGCAUCCUCAUAGUAUCUAUCAUCUCAAGCUAUGUCUAUAUGGAUUGGCACUGUAUACACUACAGUUAAUUACUUUGGGGCCAGUACAGCAUUCUCUCCAGCGAGCUGUGUCUGUACCAAGAGUGUGUCCUUCCUAGCUAGUCCCAUUAGGCCCAGCAGAUAGCUCUGUCCAGACCAGCUAGUUGGUAAUAAAGUAGUGUAGCAACUGCUCCAAUAAGCUCCAAGUGGGCUGUAAUCUCUCUUGCUUGUUGCUUCUGCACUAUCAGUCUCUGGAACCAACUACUGAAGCCUGCAAGUGAGUCAAUAGGUCCUGUCCAUUUUAUCUCUAGAUGAGUCCUCAUUAGUUCCUGCAUCUUAGAAUUGCUCCAUGUUAUCGUUGGAAGCAACAACUUCAAAGUGCUACUUUAACCUCAAUAGAUACUUGCCAGCACCAUUCAGACAUCACGUACAAGCAAUGUUCCUCCUUCAUCACACUCCUCUUCGGAAAUGAGGUAUAGACUCUUCAGUCCUAAAUGAAGUUGCAGCACACUUGGCAAAAGAUUUGACAUUCUAUAGCAUGAAUCCAAUCUCUGCUUCGAAAGUGACUGUGAUGGUCUGCUGUUUUGAGGCAAUGAAUGCUUUUCUGACUUAUUAGAGAGUAAUUCAUUCAGUUUGUUUCUCUAAUUUGCUUUGUGACUUAUUACAGUCAAGAACACCUACAAAGAAGGGCAGAUGAAUGUAAUGUGGAAUGUCCUUUUAGUAAAAUAAGGUAAAAGGGUUUCAAGAGGCCAUUAAACUGUGGUCAUCAGCCUCCUCACUUACAGGUUUGAACUCUACAUGAUGUGCAAGAACAGUUAAUGAAAACAUAGAGUAUGUGAUUUUUCUUUGCAUGAACUCUACUAAAUACUGUGAAAGAUGAGGGGAUACUAUAUAAUUAUUGCACCACUGACCAUUUCAUACACUCAGAAAUUCAAGAAGACAUGCAAAUACUAUUGUACUGUUCACUGAUACAUUACCUGAUACUACUGGAAACAACACUGGAUUCAGAAUAGAUAAGCACAUAAUGGAGUCAUCUGGGGUGAGACAAUUCAACUAUGCUGGUAACAGUGAGUACCACAAGACAGUUACAUGAAUUUCCACAGGUGCAUAGGUAUUCAGUUUGAAGUAGAGGAACCAACUGGAUAAGUUACUCUGUGGAAAUUUACUACAGGCAAAGAGGAAUUCCUAUACAAAAAACACUUUAAUUUACUCUGUACUGUGAGUGAUGAUUAUUAACUGUGGUUUUAUGAGUAGUAUUUACUAGUGGAGGUAAUAUAUAUGCAAGAAACAGAAGUGUUAUCAGUGCCAGUAGCAAAUUCCCUCACUAAUACUUUCACCUAUCUAUAUAUCACAAGACCAUCUACAUUCUCAUGUGUCUUUCUGGCUUGAGAGCAGGAAUGGGUUUUAUUUUAUACCUUUUAAAUUGUGGACCAAACUGCAGCAGUACUUCAAACAUGACAUUUCCCAAGUAAUGAAAUAAGCAGAUGAUAAGCAGUUUGGUGCUUGAGGGCUAUACAUGCGUGUGCUGGACAGAAGAAAAACUGAUUUUGUUACAACAAACCCAUGAUGCGAGCAUUCUUGUGUUAUAUGUGGAAAUGUGUUAGUUCCGGAAAACUAUAGGACUGUGAUAAAAACUGGUUCUUGUACUCUAUGUGCAAUUGCCUGCAGUGGACUGAGACAUAACUGACUGUUGUGGGUGUGAAAAAAGGUUGUUUUGUUAAUAUUUGUGAACAUUGUUGUGAUAUACUUUAUAUUAUGAAACAUGAGACUGAACCUAUGAGGAAGCAGAGUUUGAUGUACAUAAUGGAUUGUUUGAGGGGUAAGAGAAAUAUUUUAUGUUGUAGGUGUUAGAAGUGUUGGAGACCGAAGGAAAAAUUCAGAUGCCAUAUCCUUGUGUUGUGAUUUCCUGCUUAUAAUUUGUGUAUCUGAGACAUGGUAACAACUUGAUGUCUCUUAAGCAUGCUGUGGACAAGAUUGGUUGUAGGCCUGAAUAUUAUCUUUUGCGCUCACUCACGAGCAACAAGUACAGUAACAAUAAUUAUUUGGCAACUUAGGAGGUAUGUUAUGUGUUUCCAAGAAAACUGUUUUCCUAUCUCAUUUUCCUGAAUUGCCCACCCCUAGUAUGCCUCCUUAGUGACAGAUAGCUUGCUUUUGACCCUGGUACAAUGUGUUUGUUGCUUUCAUCAUAAAUUUUCAUUCCAAAAGUGAGACAUAAUUAGCGGUUAUCAAAUAUGUGGUCCAUGUUUCUGUUUGAUGGGUAUCAUAGUUCCAUAUUCAAUAAAACUGAUUAUGCAGUUUGUUACUAAAAUAUAAAGAAAAUGUGUGUUGUAAGCAUAAUGUGGAUGUGAAUCAGAAACAAUCUGUUGCUGCCUUAUCAAGACUUAUUUUAACAAUCCAUUAAUUCUAGGGGUGUGUAAUGCAGUUUAUUAGACAAUUGUGGGAAUAAGAGAAAGACAAGGAAAUGCUACAAAUACAAUAAUAUUUAAGAAGGAAACUAAAGCAAAAUCAUUAUCUUGAGUAGGAAAACAGUUUCUUCCAUCAGCUUUCAUUAUGUUCUAAUCUAGCAUGUCCUAUAGACAGUGAUGCUAAUUUCUAUGUAAAGUGUCACUUAUAUUUUUGCAAUAUGUAUUUUGAGUGCACAAUGAAAGAUAUUAUUUUAAACCAGUUAAAGGUGCAAUAUUAUUCAUAGUAAAUUUUUAAUCAUAUCAGACACACCCUUACUUAAGAGAGGUCAAAUUUUUAACCCUCAUCAAAAACUUAUCAGUCAUUCAAUUGAGUCAUGUUUGAAAAGAUUUUAUUGUAUAACUGCAUAGGCUUCUCUGGCUACAGUCAGCUAACAUGAAAGUUGUCUGUAUACAGUACUACAUUAUGUUGUACACCUAUGAAGGCUGCUGUAGCUGCGGCCAAAAUGUGUGUGUCAUCAAUAAUAGUUUUUUACAGUAUGAUGUAGACAACUUCCAUGUUAAUAGGAUUUACUAUGCUUGUUGUAAAAUAAAAUUAUUUUUAUUCAUGUCUUUUUAGUAUAUUCUUCAUAUUGGAGGUAUUUACACUGGAAAUAUUUGAGAGGUCUUAAGAAUUCCCAGUGUAAUAAAGCAUGGAGGCAACAUUAUAGCAUCUAAAUGUGGGAAAGAGCAGUGCCAAGAAUAGUAGAAGGAAUUUUCUCUUGUAAAAUAAUUUUUAUUUCCAUUACUGUGUAAAUACUUUAACAUGACUUUAUUUUCCAUUUGAAAAUGAGAAAACCAGCUAUAUCACUGCUAAAGUAUUCUCUAAAUGGUUUAUUUUUAUACUAAUAAAUUAAUACUUCAACAUAUGUCUUCCUUGUGAAUUCAUCGUGCCAAAAUGCCUACCCUAAGUAGGCCUUGUUAUUAAAUUCUUUACUUUUCUCCUUCCAUAAUUAUUUGCUUUCUGGUUUAUUCCAACAAUUUUUUUAAAAUUUCAGGCAAAAAUAUGUGUUGUUAUUUUGACACUGGUGUAUGUGUAUGGAGCUGUGUCAAGUAGAAUGUUCCUCUCUUGAUUGUUUCCUGUAUAAUGAUGUGACUGACAGUUACAUAGUCACUUAAGUUUUUUUACUGUUUCAGUUAUAACAUUGUAAGCUGUAAUAUUGUGUAAACAGACUAUUUUUAAUAAUUUUGGAAUGUGUAAUAUUUGUCAAUAACAUUACAAGGCUGUAAAAAUGUAAAUAGUCUGAUGUAUAAAAUUUAUGCACUGUGCCAUUAUAAGAGAAAGUAUUGGCCAGUUGUGUAUAUGAAAUGUUCUUCUGUACAUUGUAUAAAAAUGGAUCUCGAGAAGUUUAACAAUAUAAGGUAUUGUGAUGUUACACAGAUAAAUUAGAGUCAGAGUAUUAGAAACUAUUUUUGAAACAUAUUUUAUGCUUAUGUAUCUGUUACCACCAUCCUUACAUACUUCUGGUCUAAGCACUUGUUUCAGAUGCACUUGCAUAGUAGCUCUGUAGUGCAGCAUAGUGUUCUCUAAACACAUCCAAACUAAUAUUUCCAACUUUAUUCUUGGCUGAUAGUCUGAGUCAGUGUCUUCUAGUAUUACAGUAUCCACAUCUGAUUCCAGUCUGAGAAGAAACUCUCAGAAUUAUAUUGUCAUUGUUAUAAAUGUUACUGUUGGAAAAUUAUCUUUAUCAUUAAUAUUAGUACUCUUUUUAUCUUGUAAUAACAUUUCAAGAGUAUAAAGUCUUUAGUAUAGUGUAGUAAAUACUUUGAUAUAAACAAAAUCUGUUAUCUGCAUUUAAUUUUUCAAUAUUCAAUGCACAUCUUGAGAAAAUCAGCUUAAAAAUAUUCAAGCAGAAUAUGAGUUGUGUUGCAAAUUUGCAGAUUAAUUCCUAUUGUUGAGCUCUUCUUCAAGAAAGUGACAGUUCAUUGUUGGUAGAUCUUAAAUUCAUUAUAGUGUAGAAAAGUGAAUAACUGCAAAGCUCCACAUGUGACUGUAAAGAGAUUACUGGGCUGCAAUAAAGUUGAAAGGAGUUAAAAUUA